GCUGGAUCGUUCAGUGUUAAUAAAGUACAACAUAUUAGGGGUUCCGCGUGGCACUGAGGCAACUCAGUCAUCACACACACUCUACCGCGUCCAAACCGCGUAUCCUCUCCCCCCACCCCCCUUUAUAUAUCCACCAAGCAACCAUCGGUACCCCAACCUAAAAAACAAAAUUAAUUUUUCGUUUAAAAUUACCCUCUCUCUUUUUCGUCCAUCAUCUUCUUCUUCGGAAAUGCUCAAGAUGAUCACUGCUAAGAAGAGCUCCAAAGUACCACCGUCCACCGUUUCCACGGACGACUCCGACGCUGUUUCUCUCUCAUCCUCCUCUUUCUCUUUCUCUUCAACCUCUUCUUCUUCUUCUUCUUCCUCCUUCGCGGAGCUCAACAAGCCUAAAGAGCAGAGCCCCCAAGAAGACGCCGACAUGGAGGAGCUGCAGAAGAUGUUCAACAAGUACGACGCCAACGGCGAUGGAAAGAUCUCCUACGACGAGCUCCGAGCGAUUCUCUGCGCGCUCGGUUCCGACAUGUCUCCGAACGAGCUCCAGCACGCAAUGUCCGAGAUGGACAAGGACGGCGACGGCUACGUCGAUCUAGCGGAGUUCGCCGAGUUCCACAGCGGCGCAGCCGCCUCUGCCGGAAGCUGCCGGAACAGGGAGCUCCGCGACGCGUUCGAGGUGUUCGAUCAGGACAAGAACGGCCUGAUAUCGGCGAAGGAGUUGCACGAGGUAAUGAAGAGACUCGGGGAGAAGGUUUCGUUGAGUGACUGCCGUCGGAUGAUCAGGAGCGUGGACUCGGACGGGGAUGGGAACGUUGACUUCGAGGAAUUCAAGAAGAUGAUGUCCGGCCGUUGAUUUUCUCACCAGGUUGGUUGAUCAACGGUGAUGUUGAACUCCGCUGCGUGCGUUUAUGAUUUAGUUGAAUGCACAGUAUAGUAGACUGCUUUCCAGGGCAAUUGUUAUUUCCGCUGCUGUUUUUGAUAUUAACAUAAUUAUAAAAUCGCCGGAAUGGGUAGGAAACAGGAAUGAUUAGCCUCUAACAUGGGCGGAAAGAGGAAAAAACUGGCCUGGCCCGUUGGAAACUGAAUCAAAUGUUCGCAUGUGAUUGGGUA